GAUGAUGUAUUAAGCAAAAUGACAUUGUUGUAAAAAAAAAGGAAAAGGAAAAAGCCCCAUGCCGUUAACAUAUAGCUCAAAAGUCAAAACAAAGAAACCGCUUUCCUUAAACAUCACACUAUAGAGAGAAAACGACGUCGUUGCAAACCUGCCACCGCACUAGGAAUUUAAAACCCCCACCAAUCACCGAUCGCCGCCUUCAGUUACGACGGUGAAUCAAUCUUGCUCGUUCGUUCGUAUCAAACCCUUUCCUCACGAAUCUCCCUCUCAAAUCGCCGAUACCCAGUUCAACCAAUCGAACCAAAAUCCCAAAAAGACCUAAUUUUUACACUCGCGGUGGUUACCCAAUAGCGUUUUCCAAUCUGGGUCGAAUUCAUUUCGAAUUGCAGUUACUGGGUUGUGGAUCUUAUGGUUUAGCGGAAUGGAAGAAAGUGAAGGUGUGAAUUGUUUUAGUGAAAGCAGAAGCUCCAGUGAGAGUCGACCUCCGAAUCCAAAUCCCAAUCCUUCGAUUGCUUCUGCUUAUCGCCAAUGCCAGCGUUCUGACCCUGCGGUUUUGCAUUGCAGGAAAUCGCUUGUUCGCCAUGCUUCUCUUCAGACAACAAUCAAGCUUUCUGAGGUAUGCUCUGAGCCAGGGAAUGUUACUGAAGAUUGUCAGUCUGAUUUCCUUCCAAAGCUUCGUUCUGGAGGAUGUGCUGAUAUGGGGUUCCGGUCAAGUAUGGAAGACGUAUAUGUUUGUGUUGACAACUUUAUGCAGGACCAACUGCUCAAGAGCCAUAUUGAUGGGCCCAGUGCAUUCUAUGGGGUGUUUGAUGGACAUGGUGGAAAGCAUGCUGCUGACUUUGCUUGUCAUCAUUUGCCAAAGUUCAUUCUUGAGGAUGAAGGUUUCCCAAGAGAUAUUGAAAGGAUUAUUGCUUCUGCCUUUAUGCAAACCGACAAUGCCUUUGCAGAAGCAUGUUCUCUGGAUGCUGCCCUUGCAUCUGGCACCACUGCAUUGGCUACUCUUGUUAUAGGAAGGUUGCUAGUGGUGGCAAAUGCUGGAGAUUGUCGAGCAGUGCUGUGUCGUCGAGGAAAAGCAAUUGAAAUGUCAAGAGAUCAUAAACCAAUCUGCAGCAAAGAAAAGAAGCGUAUUGAGGGAUCUGGUGGCUAUGUCUAUGAUGGAUAUCUUAAUGGGCAACUUAAUGUUGCUCGUGCUAUUGGUGACUGGCACAUGGAAGGAAUGAAAAGCAAAGAUGGUGGACCACUCAGUGCAGAACCUGAACUCAUGACUACCAAACUCACUGCUGAGGAUGAAUUUCUCAUCAUAGGUUGUGAUGGGAUUUGGGAUGUAUUUAGGAGCCAAAAUGCUGUCGAUUUUGCUCGGCGCAGGCUUCAGGAGCACAACGACCCAGCCUUGUGCAGUAAGGAUCUGAUUGAUGAGGCAUUAAAGAGAAAGAGCGGAGACAAUUUAUCUGCUGUUGUGGUUUGCUUCCAUCAACAGCCACCACCUAACUUGGUCGCACCACGCUCUAGGGUGCACCGGAGCUUCUCUGCUGAAGGUUUGAAGGAGUUGCAAAGCUUCCUGGACAGCUUGGGUAAUUGAAUUGGCACAAGUCCUUUUGCUUCCUUGUUGAUUUUUCUUAGUGUACCUCUUUCUGAGAAUUAAGAUUCACUUGUAAUUGUAGAUUUAGGAUGAGAGAACACUUUGACUGUAUCAUAUGCGGCACCUAGUCAACGUUUAAGUUACUGGUUCUGGUUCAUUCUAAUUACGUUUUUGUAUAAUCAAUACAGCUUCAGGGCUUGUUUUGUUU